AUGUCCAUAUAUGCAACAAACCAGUCCUACCCUUACCAGUGUUACACUCGUUCGAUCAUCAAGAUGGAUCACUUUGAGCGCAACUUUUGGGAUCUGCCUGACGUGGCUGCUUCUCAAUGUCCUGGGGGCGUUUUCCUCGAAAGACAUCAUGGACCACUUACUCGGAGCGCCCUUGCCGACCUUGAAAACCACGAAAAAGAGAGGUUUUCACCUUCGCCCGCUCCAGCGCCUCCUUCAGUGAGCCAAGAAUUCAAGAGCGCUCUCGGCCCCAUCACUGUCACCUUUCUGGCGCCGCAGGUAACCUCCUCACCAACUAGUCCCUCGCCCUCCGCCCGUAGAAGGAAGAACGCCCACUGUCAUCUUUGCGACAAGCGCUUUGAGAAUCGCUACAAGUUAAAGAUGCACCUCAAUACCCACACGGGGGCUCGACCCUUUACGUGCGAUGUAUGCGGGAAAGGCUUCAUGCGACGGACCACCCUCAACGGACAUCGAAGCAUUCACGACGCCUCUCAGUUCUCGUGUCCCACCUGCAAUCGCACCUUCAAACGCUCGUCCGAAAGGCUUAUUCACAUUCUACUAAAGGUGUGUCUACGGAGGCAAAGAAUCCUUCGUCGGACAGCCGCUGGCUGGUUCUGUGAUGUCUGCGACAAGAGCGUUCCCCUGCCGCAGGAACACAAGUGUCCUGUCAAAGGUCGACGCCGUCAGUGUCCUGUCUGCGGAAUAGAUUUCGGCGGGCAGCGCGACCACAAGAUGUUGACUCACGUCCGCCACGAUCACCCAGAGUUUCUCGUUUCAUUGUAA